AGAAAUAAUUUAAAUAAUGGAAGAUAAGUUUUAGAUGUAACUGUUUAUUUCCCUUAUUGUGUAAGAUUGCUCUUAAGAAUAUGGAUUAACAUGGCAGUUUGACUGACUGACUUGAUAAAAUUUUGUGCCAAACAGCGUUCUUAGCUUGCUGCUCCCUGGUUCAGCAUGUGGUGUAGAAGCAGUUGAACUGCAAGUUUUCUCCUGCCUGAGCUGAGGAAAGCACCUUUGAGAUCGGUGACCUCCACACCCUGCAUUAGUUCUCUAAUGGUCUUGUUUCACCAUGGCAACCAGUAUGGAGGUGCUGGCUCAGCAGGUAGUGGAGACUCAGCAGGUGGCUGAGGAAAUGCACCGUGGUAACAUAGUGUGAUGGUUGUAUCUUGCCACUGGAGAGAUCGCUCCAUCUCAAGAGUGUAUGAAGCUCUGUGAUUUCUUCCUGGCCGGUGCCGACUGUUCAGACUUCGCUAUCUGAAUCUCCAGUGAUGACCAGCCCUUCCCAGCGUAUCCAGAUAAUUUCCACAGACUCUUCUGUAGCUUCUCCUCAACGCAUUCAGAUUGUGACAGAUCAGCAAACAGGUCAGAAAAUUCAAAUAGUGACAGCAGUGGAUUCAGCUGUGUCUCCAAAGCAACAGUUCAUUUUAGCUAGUCCAGAUGGAACUGGUGCAGGAAAGGUGAUCUUGGCAGCACCUGAGACAUCUAAUGCCAAGCAGCUCAUCUUUACCACCACAGACAACAUUGUGCCAGGCAGAAUUCAGAUAGUGACAGACUCUGCUUCAGUGGAACGUCUGCUAGGAAAAACUGAUGUUCAACGGCCCCAGGUAGUAGAAUAUUGUGUAGUCUGUGGUGAUAAAGCAUCAGGUCGUCACUAUGGUGCUGUCAGUUGUGAGGGAUGCAAAGGCUUCUUUAAAAGGAGUGUAAGGAAGAAUUUGACCUACAGUUGCCGUAGCAACCAGGACUGUAUCAUCAAUAAACACCAUCGGAAUCGAUGCCAGUUUUGUAGGCUUAAGAAAUGUCUAGAGAUGGGCAUGAAAAUGGAAUCGGUUCAAAGUGAAAGAAAGCCUUUUGAUGUGCAACGUGAAAAACCAACCAACUGUGCAGCUUCUACUGAAAAAAUCUACAUAAGAAAAGAUCUUCGAAGCCCUCUAAUAGCAACUCCAACAUUUGUGGCAGAUAAAGAUGGAACACGGUCAGCCGGUCUUCUUGAUCCAGGAAUGCUCGUGAAUAUUCAGCAGCCAUUGAUCAGGGAUGAUGGUACAGUCCUUCUAGCUGCUGAUUCCAAGGCUGAAACAAGCCAAGGUGCCUUAGGAACACUAGCAAAUGUUGUAACAUCUCUUGCUAAUCUCAGUGAGUCACUAAAUAAUGGAGAUACUUCUGAAGUUCAACAAGAAGAGCAAUCUGCAAGUGAGAUUACACGGGCAUUUGAUACUUUGGCUAAAGCACUUAGUUCCACAGAUGGUACAACAGCUCAUAACUUGGCAGAUGGCAUGGAUCCUACAGGAGGAGGGAAUAUUCAUGUAAUCAGCAGAGAUCAGUCAACACCAAUUAUUGAAGUGGAAGGACCCCUACUUACAGAUACACAUGUCACAUUUAAGCUGACAAUGCCCAGUCCGAUGCCAGAGUACCUUAAUGUACACUACAUCUGUGAGUCAGCAUCACGACUCCUUUUCCUCUCUAUGCACUGGGCUAGGUCCAUACCUGCAUUUCAAGCUCUUGGGCAGGACUGUAAUACGAGCCUUGUGCGUGCCUGCUGGAACGAACUGUUCACCUUAGGCCUGGCCCAGUGUGCACAGGUGAUGAGUCUGUCCACUAUCCUGGGAGCGAUUGUCAACCACCUCCAGAACAGCAUCCAGGAAGAUAAACUUUCUGGAGACAGAAUAAAGCAAGUCAUGGAACACAUCUGGAAACUUCAGGAGUUCUGUAACAGCAUGGCCAAGCUUGAUAUUGAUGGAUAUGAAUAUGCAUACCUUAAAGCUAUAGUCCUUUUUAGCCCUGAUCACCCUGGUCUGACCAGUUCAACCCAAAUAGAAAAAUUCCAGGAGAAGGCACAGAUGGAAUUGCAGGACUAUGUACAAAAAACCUAUCCAGAAGAUACUUAUAGGCUAGCCCGGAUCCUAGUUCGCCUGCCAGCACUCAGGCUGAUGAGCUCUAGCAUCACUGAGGAACUGUUUUUCACAGGUCUCAUUGGAAAUGUUCCCAUUGACAGCAUAAUCCCCUACAUUCUCAAAAUGGAAACAGCAGAAUAUAAUGGUCAAAUAACUGGCACGUCUGCAUAGAGGGAACAACGUCAUUAGAGGGAUUGAAGUAAUUUUCACAAAAACCAUAUAAUUACGGAGUUAAAAGAGUAGUGUUUUUGGUAUGUGCAGAUAAUUCCAAUCCUGACAGAUUUCUCCUUGUCUUUUUCCGAUGUUGACAAAAUUUAAAGCAACUAUUAAAAGACCUGCUAUAGGACCUUUCCUGCCACAAGGAAUGUUUUUGAUGCCUUUCAUUUAAAAGGCCAUAGGUUACUGAACAUACUUUUCACAUGCUUUGUAUUUCGAAACUAUCAGUGGUUAAAAAGUUUUAUAAUAUCAGAGUAGUAAUAAAAUUACUUUAAAAAGGACAGUAUGUAUAUAUUUAAAAUUAUCCUUGGAAUGAAUGUCUAGCAAAUGCCAGGGUAUAAUACUAGCACUUUGUAAUCACUUCUUGUCAGAGCAACAGCAUCAUCGACAUCCUGCUUAUGAGUAUGGAAAAAGAAAAAAUGCAUAUGUCCUUAAUCAAAAUGCUAGUGAUUUUUGUAAAAAUGUAGAAUGCUAAAGGAGACAAUCAUUUAAUCUACAAAAAGUCACUUGCUGUUAUGUUAUGCAUGAAAUACUAAUGUGGAUUCUUAAAUCAGAUACCCACAUUAUAUGAAACUGUAUUUGUUGAAUUAGCGCAGUUGUAAUACACAGUACAGUGCAGUCAUAGUUACUAUUACGUACUACAGGAGUUCCCCACAUUAGAGAAAAAAGUGUUUGUCACAAUAAUGAUCAAAUAUGCAGGUUCCUUAAAGUGUCUAUUCAGACAAACACAAUCAUGACAAAUGUUAUUCUAAGAAGAAGCCUUUUGACUUUGGGGCAAAUCAGUCAUUAACUGGAAGAGCAGUAAUUUUCAAAUAGAGCUGUGUCAUGCUCUUUGAGUAUACUCUUUGUAUGUUCCAAAUUUACUCCUCCUCUCUGUAUUCCGAACACCCUCACCAUGUAGCCACAGGGUACAAUUUAAGACCUGAAAUGUACAGAACCUCUGGUUGUCAGCAAGAGUUUAUUACAAAGCUCUCUCUAUUUCUCCCUCCCACACUGAGCGCUCCCAGUUUUCCAGUGUUCUCAACUUUCCUGUCACUCAGUUUGAAACUAAAAUAUAGAUUUACUCUCACUCAUGUACAAUUGCAGUUGAUGACUGAUACACCAUGGAGAUACAAAAUGAGCUACUUUUUAAUUGUCUCAAGUGGUAAGCCAUUAACAUGUUUGCUAGUAGUACUGGCCAUUAGCUGCUAGCAUAGGUUUUAUUGUAGUAUAAUUUAUUAUUAUGGCUGUUCAGUACUUUAAAAUCAAAUAUUUUUUAAAGUCAUAGCAAUUAAUACCUUCAUCUGAUCCUGAUUCAUUAGUUGCAUUAAUUAUUUUAUAUUUUUGUGUGUUAGAAGCAUUCUUACUUUCAUAGUUUUAUGUACAAAACUUAUCUAAUGAUAACUUCAGCACUUUGGUUUUUCUUCUCUUAUUGUUAUUUAUUUAGAAAUAUCAACUAGGUUGGUCUUUGUGACUUUUCAGAGUCUAAAUUGUAGCCAAAAGAUCUUAAGCAGCUUUAGAUGAGGCUUCUAAACUAUAAAAAGUCUUGGUAUACUUCAUGCUUAUUAGGAGGCUGACAUUUGUAGCACUUACUGUGACACAAAAAACUAUUUAAUUUUAACUUCUGUAUGCAUUAAAGUCUUAUAUAGUUACUAUUUUUAGCACAUUCAGAAUCAUCUUUUCUCAGGAUGGUAUUACAGAGUUCAGUAUCUGUGCAGAGAUUUGUAAUACUGCACUUGUUUUUCUCUCAGCUUUUGCUACAGCAAAUGAAAUUGUCAUAUUGUUCGUGCAAUGGAAAGUCUGCUCUCUACAUGUGAAGUCAGCUGUACUUGAGCUUUUACUACCAACCAUUUGAUUGUAGUUUAACUGCUGUGGGAUUGUGUCAGCACUCCUGCUGCACAGUCCUUAUGUUAAAUAAGAGUAUACAACUUAAAAAUUAAUGGUGAUAUUAACAUCAGAAUCAGUAGCUACCUUGGAAAGAGUAGUGACUGCUUUUAACAUUUAAAAUUUUAUUGUGUUAUGUUAUUGUUCUACAAGCAGAAUGCAUUGAACUAUUGUGAUUUUUUUUUUAUUGCCAAAAGGAUUAUGGAACUUAAUUUAAGUAUUUCAUAAAAAUAAUUAAGCAGGUAAGAAAGCAUUUCUAUGGUAGGUGAAAUAUUCCUUAGCACAAAAACUGGCCUUUGGAAUAUUUGGUUUUAAAUCUCAAUACACACCAGCUAGCUUUUUCUUGACAAACAUAAUUUCAAUUUCCAAUUUUUCAAGUAAAAGGGCCGUAUUUUUUGGGGUGAAAAUUUGUAAUUUUUAUUACUUGUGAUCACAACACUUCAGGAAAUAAGAUAAAGGCAUUAUAGUUUUUUGGGAACAAAGGGAUCACAUGAAAUAAAACCUAAGAUGUAUGCCUUGCAUUACAUAUGUAAAUCAAAACAGUAAAUAUUGUGCAGCUCUGUUUACAAAUAAACUGCACUCCCCACAAAUGCAAGGCCACAUAAUGACAUCCUUGCUCAAACCCUGGUAGUUACUUACUGUGCAAAUAGUCAUUUAAGAGCUUAUUAGAGAUAAAAUAUUAAUUUGUGUAAAUUGAGUAACAACCAUGCAAUCCAUAGUUGUGUGUGCAUUUAAUGAAAUGAAGCAGUUCCAUCCUUAAGAUUUGGAUAUUACCACCUAAAAGCUAUAAAGCCUCUCUAUGUAGCAUCAUCAGCAUGAUUUGCUGGCUUGCAGAGCUCAGAACCAGGCUACUUAGUUCUGAUGCCAUUAAUAAAAAGUACUCUCUCUAACUAUACAGUAUUUUGAUUCCAAAACUAACAUUUUGGAUUGUAGAAAUUUGAACAUACAUGGGUGCCUGGGCUAUUUCCUCCCCAGGGAAAAGACUUUGUGCUUUCCCUCUUAGAACUUCACAAGGUUCCUGUUGGCCAGUUUCGCCAGCCUGUCCCAAUCCCUCAGUGGCAGCAGGACCCUGUGAUGCACAGAGUGCAGCUGCUUUGCACUGUCUCUGCACAAAGUAGUGCAACACCAACACAGUUCUUGGGAUUUCUGAGGUUUGUUCCAUCCCUCCUGCAGUGACUGGAAGAUGGUAACAGGCUAAUCUUAGUAGCUUUACUGUUAAAAUAGUUCUGGUUUUUUUCUCCCUCAAAGUGCAAACUUUUCCUUAUGAAUAUGGGACAGAAGAGUUUUUUAUUAUUGUAACAAUUACUGAAGAACUAUUUUUUGAGUAUUAAAUAUUGAAAUAGCUUGUUUUCAUAAAGGUGAAAUUUAAAUGCCAAACUUGUUUUUACAGAACUUGGAGUCAAAGUAUUACAGUCACAAAGUGAUUCUAAGAAAAAUUCAUCUCAUUGAAGGUCUACUUAGUGCCAAAAUUUAUUCUCUUCAGAAUUUCUGAGGGUCUGUUUCUGCUGCUCUUGAAAUGAAAAUAUUUUAACUUGGCAGAAAUAGAGUAAUAACUUAGCUGAAACUGAGCAAAUGUGUAUACUAGUGACAAUUCAUUCAGACAAAUGUUAGAUAGAAUUCUGUGCUGAGACUGGGGCAUGAUAAUGAAGCAAUGCAGGGAGUGAUAAUAAGGCAGUAAUGUCCAUUGUGCUUCAUUUGUUUUCUAACUCUUAUGUAAAGAAACUGGAUUUGAAUCUUGUAGAUAAAAUCAUUUGGGACUAGCUUUGUCAUAAUGAUUUUAAUUGCAUUUGUGACAAAUGUACUUCCACUUAUUUACUUACAUUGGACUAUAGAGUAAGAACUAAGAAAAUGUGCAAAAGUAAUCUCUUUCUGCCUAUUUACAUUGCUUAUAAAUUAGCUGCAAUGCUUUUGGUGUCUGUGGAGUAACUGUGGCAUGAAACUGGUAGAAGAGGAAAAAAUUAUCUCCAAGGAGAGAUCCUUCUAAGAAGUCUCCUUAGAAGGGUUUCUUGUAGCUGCCUUAAAAUGUUAGAUUAUUAAGAAGGCUUAGUUUUCAGAGCACUCUGGGGCAAGAAAGUAUUGUUCCUCUCCACUGACUAGCUGGUGUCAUUUGCCAAGUCUCCUUUCACUAUCUUCUGAAGCCCUUGGCUCCCCAGACAGCCACAAUGCCUCUGGUGAGGAGCUCUGGCUCCAGGUCUAAGUGCAGAAUCCAGUAGCCCUGCAUUGCCAGUACAGUUCCCUUUCGCAAAGGGUGCAUUCUGAGGCUGCAUUAGAGAAACCAAGUCAGGGCCGAAGCUCCCAGGUGAAAUCAGUUUCCUGACUCUUGUUUCCCCUUUGGCAGAGACUGUAAAACACUUGUGUGGUUUUUUAAUUGUUCUGUAUAGUACACAGAACUCACAGAUUCCUGAAUUAUUUUGCUCAGGAUACUGCAGGUGUCAGUAGAUUUUCCUGCCUGUUAAAAGUUCAGACAGUAGUUCAGAUUCUUUCCUGAUUACCUGCUGUUUAAUUAGUAAAAGGCAAUUUUUAAAAAAUAGCACCAAAUAGCACAACUAGCAACUAGGUUUUCAGGAAUACUGUUUAACCAGGAAGACAACUAGAAGUGAAUGGGCUGAGGGUGCUGCCCAAGCAGUGAUAAAGCAGAUUCCUGCACUAACAGCAUCAGUCAAGGCCCAGUUUGAAUCAGCUGGAGUGAGCAGUACAACUGGCAAGUCAGUCAGACACACAGCUGUACCAGCACAUAUUUACUGGAUGAUACCAUCCUGAAAAGAACAAAAAUGUUGAUUUUCUCUUUCAGACCCCUCUCUGGGGGAGGCUGGGAGUUUAUUUCACCUACUCUUGUCCAUAUGAGAAAAAGCAGAAAUGCCAGCAAACAGAGGCAAAUUCCCACCUGUUCCCAGGGUUUGCCACACUGGCCAUACAGAAACAGAAGAGCUUUUGCAGUAAUUGGCUCUGGUAAUAAGCAUGGGCCAGCUGUGACAGCAGCACACAACAACUGCAGUCUUAACACCUUCAAAUAUCCAGGAGAGAUCAGCCAAAUGAGAGCAAAGUCACCCUAGAGAAAAAAGUGAGAGGCAGAGGAAGGACAAAUUUCCAGCAUCUACUGGAUCUUGAAUAACUUGGAAAUUAAUUUAGAUACAGUUUUAUAUGAAAAAUUACCAAGAGGGGAUGACAAAUGAGAGACAAUGAAAACAUUUACUUUUUGCACCUUUUAAUUCUAAAGUUGUUGAGUCAUUUUAACAGUAAAUACUUCUGAAUUAAGUUCAGGCUUAUUGUUUCAUGCCAUUAACCCUUCUUGUUAGAUAAUGCUACAACCCUAUUUCAGCUGCAAUCAGUGUUAUCAACAUACAGGAAAUUAUUUGUGUAAAAAAAAUUACAACAUUAUUUAUACUGGGGUUACAAGUUAAAGUAAAAUUAAUUGUAAAGUUUAGAUGCUCUAAGUUUAAACAUCUAAAAUUUAGAUUUUUUUUAUUGUGAAGUCAUGCUAAGUUCAUCACAGGUAACGCUGCUGUAAAGUUUCAUAAUUCCCACAACCUGUUCAGUCCUCUGAUGAAUGCUUUGAAAUUAGCAAUGGCUUAUUAUUGUUAAACUCCUGCCUGUCUUCUUUCUUUUUAAAGGGUUUGAUAGAGUUGUAAACAUCUAUUUUGUGCCUCCCACCAUUGUGCAUUUCUGCAUGUUCAGUUCUAGAAUUCACCUGAGCAGCUGAUGCAUAUGUACAUAGCUGUAUGUAUGUGUGUAUGAAUGUAUGUUUAUACCUCUCUGUCUAAAUAUAUUCUGUACAGUGUAUAGAAAAUAUGUAGUGUAUGUAUAUAUGUACAGAUAUGGAGCAUUAUUCAUCCAUUCUAUGUGCUAAAGUUUUUUAUUCAUUUGCUAAUCCAGAGCUUCCUAAUUUGGUGAAUCCUCACAAAUUUCAGAGCUUUGCACCUUUAUUCUAAACGAGUCUGAAUUCACUAUUUGCUGUUCAGAACUGGCAAAUAUAUACCAUGAAUUUUCUGGCUUUUACAUUAUUCUCUUUACCUUUUCUCAUUUGACCUAUAGAAUUCUGCCAGUCAAUACUAAAUUGAGCAUAUAAUGCUUGUUAAAAGUAAUGAAUAAAUAACUAUAGUCAUAGAAGAUACUCUCCUGUUCAUUAUGUACUCAUUCUCUUCCAGCCUCCUGAGGUACUUUUGUAAAGUUUAUUUUUUGUGAAGCUUGGUAAGAGACUGAUUUUUUGGUUUUAAGUCUUCAUCUGUGGUGACUUGAAAGUAAACCAAGUUGCCAUUUAUUUAAUGGUAAUUAAAUAGUAGGGACAUUGCAGGUAGUUUAUUUCUUAGCAAGCAUCAAGACAUCUUCAGGAUUUUCACAAUGCAUUUCAAUUAUAUAUUCACUUUCCAAAGUUUUUCUCUUUAUUUUCCAGCCUAAACUGAACACAGCUAGUUGCUUGAUUUAGUUGUCAGGCUAAUGUCCCUUUCCACAUUCUGUCCUUUCCUGGGUCUGGAAUCUGUGCAGCUCCUGCACUGCCUGUGACAGUCCCACUGUCCAUGUGGGACCUGGGCACACAGUUAGGAAGUGAGAUAUGGAGUAAGACAAUUUCUUAUUCAUAAUGAGGAUUCAAACAUUUACAUUCUCAAAGUAUAAACGGUCUUGGUUUUUUUCCCUUUUGCUGAAGUUAAAAGGGAAGCCUUCCAUAAAGCACGUAAAUCUGUUAACUGUGGGUUUUUAUAAAGGCAUUUCACAGACCAUGCAGGGCAGUAGUUCAGCAAGUCUUGUUUCUGUCAUUAAAAAGGUGAAGUAGAAAUUUCUGGGCAUUUAUUUCCACCUUUUGUGCUCACUGAAGCAAUAAUUUGUGUAUAUUUAAUCAGAUAAUAAGAACACCAAUCAAAAUAAUGUGAACUUCAUGCAUACUUAAAGUGAACCACACGUCUGAAGAAAGUUUGGAAAGUUUGCUAUGGAAAAUGCUGAGAAUGUUCUCUUUCUUGGUGUAUUGGUUAGUGAGCAUUUGUAAGCUUUUAUUUCAAAUAUAGGAAUACACCCCCAGCAUUUCAAAACCUUCCUUCUGUAAUUUUCAGCAGGAAAAAUAUUUAAAUUAAUGUAAGGAAUUUCUAUGACAGACAGUCCUUCCUUGGUGUCUGGACAAUUGGUGCUGUUCGAACACUUGCUUUCCUCUUUAAAGGUGAAUAGAAACCUGAAAGUCAGUUAAAGUCACUGUACUGCAGGAAAACAGUUUUAAAGUUUAGGAAGCCAAUUGGGGUAUUAAUUAAGAGUGAAUCUGUUUAAAAAUUCAACUGUGAAUUCAGAAAAAAAAAGGCAAAGUCCAGUGAAACUGAAUGUGUUAUAUCCACAUUUGAAUUGUUUGUAUUCUGAAGGACAAAAUGUGCUCAAAUUUAGUGACAAUAAAGGCUCUGCAAUAAUACAACACAACUCCAUUUCCAGAUUGUGGGAUAAAGUAGGACUGAAUAAAUUCCAAACAAAAAGCACAGUCUUUAAGAAGAAAGCAUUUUACUUACAGACUCUAUGUGUUAAAUUUUUCAUAUAGGGAAUCAAGAUAUAAUGUUGGAAUAUUUUUAAUUAUUAACCUGUACUCUGAAAUACAUUGGAAGCCAGUGUUCAUAGUUUCCUAACUGAAAACUGCACACUGUUGUAUCUGUAUUGGCAUACUAAGGAGUGCUGAGCUCCUAGAAAAACAGCAAAUUUUUAUAAAAGAAAGCAUCUGCUUUCAAUUCCUUGGGAUAUUUUCUGGAAGUCUCUGUUCCUUAUUAUUUAGAAAACUAUUGUUUAUGUUUAUUUUUACAUCUUUGCAGAAGUUAAUUUCUCACAGCUUCUUUUGUGAAAUCAGUGUUGCUGUGUGUGAUAGCAUUUAAAAAAGAUAGCAUAUUCUUUUUGUAAACUCCAUUUUAUAUCCAAACAAUGUCUUCAGUCAAAGAGGAAUUUGCAUUGUUGUGUUUGUAUAUAGAGUAUUGCAGUGCAUGAUCUAGCUUAUGCAUUUUAUUAAAUGCUGUUGUGUCAUUAUAUUGUUGCGGUUAAUACUAGUGGCUAAAUGAGGUUUCUAUUAUUAAAGUGAAUUACAAAUAUAA